ACACGUUUCAAAUGUGUUUCCUGACGAUGACGUGACCGUCCUUCCUUCCGUUCAGAAAAAUAAUGAUAUCAAAACAUUUUUGAAUUCGCUCAAUGCAUUGUUUGGAAAUGGUGUUACACCACUAUGGGAGAAUAUAACUGAAAUGGAUGGAUGUCUCUCUGAGUUUCCGCGGUAUAUAUUCAGCAAGCUUGAGUUCAGACUAAAUUCGGAAAUGAUCAAUCGACUGACACAGGAAAACAGUUUAGAGGGGCACUCCGGUCGAAUGAUUCGGUAUAUACCAGGAUCCGACGGAGAAUUUAAUAUUUACAUUUCAAGAUCGAACACGCCAUUUGUUUAUGAACAUGUGGUAGAAAACAGAAUUAUUAUACCAGGGGCACUAUAUGGCGAGACAGCACUCGAAAUUGGAAGAAUUUUGCUGUCAGGGAACGUAGAGGAUCUUGAAGUUUCAUGGAAAAUAAAGAAGCCUUUUGAAAUUGCCAUGAACGAGCAAAAGUCUCUUCACAUCGAUACUGAUUUAGUAUCUCUCCAGAGAGUUGACUUUAAGGUCCGGGAAUCAGAAAGUUCCCUAAUAUUAGCUGAGGGCAAGGUGAUGCUAGUGAAUCAAGUAGAUUCCAUCACCCUUGAUGUGGCUGGUGUGGGAACAAAACUCGCAAAGAAAUCCAGUAACGAUAUCUACAAAUUUCUUAAUACUCUGGGUUUCAAACAUGGUCCGUCAUUUCGAAUAAUUUCUGAGUUUCAGACAUCACAAAGAGAAUGCCUUGCCGAAAUUGUUUUGACAAAAAAUGUCCAAAUGGAUAUGCCAAGAGCCUGUUUUCAUCCUGUCCUCAUUGAUGGCAUGUUUCAGUCCUGUAUAAAUCCAAAUUGGCAAUCAGGUUUUUAUCACAGAUCGCGUAUGCUUCCCACUGAAGUCAAGAAAUUUAGAGUAAAACUAGCACCAACAUCGAAGAUGUCUUGUUAUUCAAAAUUAGUAUUGAAUGAUAAUUUCAAACUAGUUUGUAAUGCAGUACUAGUGCGAGAGAAUGGACUCAUUGUAGCAGAGAUGGAAGGGUUUGAACUGAAGAUAAUUUCUGACGAAGUUGAUAUUCAUAGGCUCUUCUUUGAAGAAAAAUGGCAGGAAAUCACUCUUCCUACAAAUAACUCUGCAAACAGCAAUCCAAAUCCAAGUUUGGUGUUUUCGUGGAACAGGAAAGCAAUAGCUGAAGCCAGAGACACUCUUUGUAGAAUUUGCUCAAGUUUAGAUAUUGUCAGUCUUUCGUGCGAGGCAGAAGAGGAAAAUUUCCUGUCAUCAUUGAAAGAAAAAAGAAAUGUUGAUUUAUACUUUAUUCCUGGUUUUUCAAAAGCUGAAAAUGAUGCGAACGGGAAUCAUGUAUUAGAAGCUGUGAAAAAGUCAUCCCACAUUCUAUUUAAAGUACUUCAAGAAAUAGAUAUGAAAAGGAUGAGUUUGUGUGUUAUUACAGAAUGGACACAGGGUGGUGAAGAAAGGGAAAUCUGUGGAAUUUUUGGAUCAGAACUCUGGGGUAUCAGUCGGUCAUUUCAAAAGGAACGUCCUGAUUUUAAACUCAUAAUGAUAGAUCUCCAUGGAAACAUGACCGACCUCCAAAAUUCAUUUCUUUCAGUAAUCAGAGCUUUAAAAAAUGACAAGGAAAAUGCAUUGCCUCGGGAAUACAUCAUAUCGUCAACAGGAGUGAUGUCAAAAUAUUUACAAAAUAUACCAUCAAAUUAUUUUGAUAAUGUUGUCAGAACAAUUGAAUCCUCAACGGAAAACGCCUUUUCUGUGCGGAAAAGGUCAGAGAUAGACAAUAACGCUUUAUUCCUAGUACCAAGCUUAGAAUCUUCAAAUAGUGAUAAGGAAAGUUGCAGUGUUUCGAUCCAUGAAGCACUGUUGUGUUUUAAAAACAACCUAUUUCUGCAUCAAAAAACAAUCCCGAUUACAAAGUAUUGGGGUAAAAGUUUGGACAUCGGUAAUGCUAUUGUUGCAUGUGAGUUUGUAGGACAUUUAACAAAAAGUGGGAUGCAGGUUGUGGGAUGUUGUCUUGUCAAUGUAGCCAGUACUAUUUCGGUAAACAGGUUGUGUACAUGUGAACUAUCAGAGUUGCCGUUUUAUAGGACAGGAAUGUUUUUAAACACUGUCGUUGCAAUGUGUUUGGCUGGCAAAAUCGAAAAAAAGAACCAUGUCUUCGUACUAUAUGACGAGGAAUACAAGGAUCUCAAAGACAUUUUGAAGGCAUUGCUACAAAAGAAACAUUGUGCUGUAUUAACAGAGGUGUUUGACGUUUCAAAGGACAGUCAAGAUCCAACAGCAACAAACUUAAUCGUGCUCUCAAAACAGGUGGUCUGUUCUUUUGACGUUAUUGUGAAGUGGUUUCCUAGGCUUCAGCAACUACUCAGUAUAAAGGGUUUCUUGCCAUUGUCUACAACAGCGAACGAUCCAAUAAAUUACCCAAACAGAAAAACAUGCGUGAUCGAUGUUUAUGAAUUAUUUGAGCCACCAAACAUGCGAAAACACUUUCAACAGGCAAAACAUAUCUUACUCGACAAUAGAGAUAUUGUUUCGCGAAUGUCCCCACAAAAUGAUGAAUGUAUUUUAAACGUAUCGUCCAUGAAAGGAUCUACGAAAAUAACAGUUCCAAAUGAAAUGUUAGUAAGGAAAGACUCUGCAUACAUUGUUAUAGGUGGACUUUCAGGCUUAGGAUGGGAAGUAACGAAAUUUUUGGCCGCUCGUGGUGCAAAGGUGGUCGUAAGUUUAUCUAGACGCACCCCAUCUGAUGUGGAAAAUCGGCGCAUAGAAAACACCAAAAAUAUCCGAAAUACAGUCAUCCUGCAUGAGAAAGUUGACAUUACUCAGAGAAAAGACUUAGAGCAUGUUUUCUCCAAACUUGUACAUCAGCUAGAAGGUACCAAAAUUCGUGGAGUUUUUCAUGGCGCAGGCGUUCUUUCGGACCAACCCAUUAGCAAGAUGACCAGUGAUACAUUUGAUGUUCCUUUGAUACCAAAGAUUUUAGGUACCUGGAAUUUGCAUCUGGUGACGAAAGAUAUGGACCUAGAUUAUUUUGUCAUGCAUUCUAGUAUUGUGUCUCUUUUGGGCAAUAAAAGUCAGACUAACUAUGCUGCAGGAAAUGCUUUUAUGGAUGCCUUUGCCUAUUACAGACGUUCAACUGGAAGGGCCGCACAGGUAAUAAACUGGGGACUGCUUGCAGUAGGAAUGGGAGCAGAUCAAAAUAUUCAGUCAGUUAAUGCAAUGAACGGUCUUUAUGCUUUGCCAAAACAUAAAAUAAUAUUUGCAUUGAAUCACGCAUUGGUCUCCGUCAGAGUACAAUUUGCAUUUGCCGACAUCAGUAUGUCUUUACUAUCCGGAGGUAUGGAAAAAGAGGGAAAAGAAAAAAAACAAAAUACCAAACAUGCAACAAUUCAAGAUCUGAAUCCUGGUAAUCAAGAUUCGUCCCAAACUAAGGAAGAGUUGCUUCAGUCCUGGAUUGAUUUUGUCAAGUUGUCUGCAUCUUCAGUGUUAACAGUUGACCAAACAGAAAUAAAGGAUUCGUCCAUUCUGCUCGAUUUUGGUUUGGACUCACAGAAAGCAAUAGAGCUUAUCAAUUACUUAUUUGAAUCUAGUCAUAUUCGGCUACCGGUAGUUUAUUUAAUGUCAGGAAAAAAUACCGUGGUUGAAAUAGCUGAAUAUUUCCUUUCCAGACUGUCCAAGGAAGAGGGAAUACAAGAUGAUGAUUACAUUUACGAAAGUCUGUCAUAUCUGGAGCAACAUUAUCUAGAAUUACAAGAAAACGAUCCAGAAAAUCCGCAUUUAUUGAUAACAUUAGACUUCACCGUGCGUUGGGAAUUGAACAGCGUAGAAACUUGGAAAGUCUCACUUCUUAAUCUGAUUGCAUUCAAUCCCGAAUGUAGAACAAUACUCCAAGAGACCGAACCUGGUAUGAAGCGCGGUAACAAACGAAAAGUUAUCAUAGAUAUUGAAGAUGUUUGCUUCCACUUCAUCACAGUUUCUUCAAAGUUCGAAUUAGAAAAGGUGUCGAAAGACAUAUCGAAGUUUGAUCCAUAUGAAGAUAUUCCAAUUAAGGCUAUAUUUUGGAAGUCUCAGGAAUUCGGUAAUCUCAGAAUUUUGCUGAAUCACAGUAAUUUCGACAAUGGGUGCGUUAUGGCUAUCGCAAAAGAUCUUGAAUAUAUUACCACACAAUACCUAUUACAUCAACGGUUUUCAGAUGUGAUUGUGCGUCAGCCAAUAGACUCAGCUUUGUUGAUGGAAAAGCAUCUGAAUGAACAAAUCGACGAACUUAAGACGUAUUGGGACCAAGAGCUUUCAAAAUGCAGGGAACCUCAAAGUUUUCGACUGGUUGAAAGAGUAGAAGAUGAGAGAGGAUCAAAUACAAGUGAACUGAUCAGGAAGAACUUUGAUGUCAGCAGAUUACAAAAACUGGAAGAGGUAGCAUCGAAGCAUCAAAUUACUCUAUUUUCUCUAUUUUGUACUGCUUUUCAACUAUCGCUUCGAAAGCAAUUGAAUUGUCAACGACCAUGUGUCGUUACUGCAGUUGAUACAAGAUUACAUUUUCCGGAAUUUCGUGAGCGGCCAACUUUGUGCGUUAAUUACAUUCCCAUUAUUUCACCAGAUAUGUCAGAUCCAAGGUCUACGUUGCGUGACAUUCUAAAUGAAAAUAAAACUAUUAUUGCCGAAGGAGUGUCCAAAAGUCUUUUUCCUUUAAAACUUUUGAAGGAAUUGCCCAAUUUCAAAGAAGAAAUACAUACAGUCCAUUCAAUAAUAAUGGAAGACUUGACAAUUUGGAAAGCGUUUAACACAUCGCAUAUUAAGUUGUCGAACUUCAGUGUGGAACAAGAUUCAUCGUACGAAACAAACCUUAGUGUGAUUAUUCUGCCAGAUAAGUCUCUGGAGCUGAGAUUGAGGUACUCCGUGGAGAAAGUGGGGAGAUAUUAUGCAGAAAACCUCCUGGAAAAUAUUGAGAUGAUACUGGGAUAUAUGGAAUCCGAUUUUAAUUUUUGCAUCCACACUUGGCGUUCCUUUUGCAAAAUUGAGCAGGAAAUCGAAAGUUCAACAUACGAAAAUUUCUUCCUGUACGACAGAAAGGGGAAAGCAAAGAAAAAGAAAGUAGAAAUUAGACAACAUCCUACUUUCACGUUGGAGUGGGGUAAACGCCGAAUGAGAAAAGUCUCUAUUCCAGAGAUCAAAUUUAUCAGGACCUAUAACGCUGAAGAUUUCUACGGGAUAUUCCUGAAGACGUUGGAUUCUGGCCUCCGCUUGGCGGUGAAAGAUCGAAGAACUCGUGACGCCUGGGUGGCUGUUCUCAAAAGGAAAAUGUCCGAAUAUGGUGAAGAACAAGCCGCGGACACUAGACUCUGAAAAAAAGUCAUAUCUUAAUAUCGAAAAUUUCUUCCAAUGACAAUCAGAGAAAAAAACACGUAUUGUUCCAAUGACAAUCAUAGAAAAAAAAAAUCUCGUUUUGUGUUCCAUUAAAUCUAAAUUUAUGUAAUUUACAUGUUAUCAAAAGUGAAGUUUCUGAAAAUCCAUGUUUUAACUUGCUUGGAAUAUAUUGAAAUGUGGCUUAUGGUCAGAAACUAAUGUCAAAGUACAUGUAAUAUAUGACCCAUUAUUGACAUAUUGUAAGGGAAACCCUGUCAUUGUUGUAAACUUCCUUCCUUUGUUUGUUUGUUUGCUUGUUUGUUUGUUUGU